CUGAUUUUUUACACUUCCUGUCUGGUCACCCUACGCCAAAGCAACAGUCUGUGGUUCCACAAGGUGUGACUUCUGCUCCAUUAUUCCUGGUAUUCAUUUAGACAGGAGUCAUUCUCUGAAGCCGCCGACCACAAAGACUCCAUCUGGAGGGCUUGAGUCUAGCCCAGACGCUGCAUGAAUUUGGUGAAAUGAGGCUUAAUAACCUGUCACUUCUCUACCAACAAGUAGCUCCUUAAGAUCAGAAGUGUCAGCUCAGCGUUUGGGGCUCUGAAUUUGGGGUGUAAAGCGAAAUGCGCAGCCCUGGUCCAGUGCACAUUGGAUGGAGCAGCUCUGAAGGAAGGGAGAGGGGGGCUGUUCCAUGCAGUGUGCACUGGAGAGUUUUUAGUUUCGUUUUUGGCUGGUCUCUGAGAAUAAAUCAUUGUUGAGCUUCCUGUUUGCAUGCCUAGAAGCAGUUUCCUGAGGCUGUGGUCCGUCUUCUGAGGAAGCAGCAUGGAGGAGACGGUGAGAGAUCAUCUGCUGGGAACCGUGGAAGACCUGGGAGAAGAGUUUGAGACAUUUAAAUCCAAACUGAGUGAAAUUCAGUUGCAAGAAGGCUUUGGAAACAUCGCCUGGAGCACACUGCGGGUGGCAGACCCCAGAGCCCUCAUGGAGGAGCUGCUCAGUUGCUCCGAGGAUGAGAAUGGUGUGGAGGUGACUAGGAAGGUGCUGAGGGCUAUAAACCAGGAAGACCUGGCAGAGAGAUUGAAAAAAACAACGGGAUCUGGUGGUUCAAAUCCACACCAGGAAUCAGAGACUCACCAAGACCCAGAGAUGGUGGGGGAAGAACUCCUUAAAGAGAGAAAGAGAGCACUCCAGAACCUCCUGGUCACGCUGAAGAUGGAGCAGCACAGAAGCAUGAGGCUGGGGUUGAGGGAUCUCCAAGAAAUAAACCAAGAAAAUCUACAGAACUGGAUUCCUCGGGCAUUAGGGGAUUUACCGUGGCAUUUUAUGAGGAAGGUCAUGGCUUUGAAUGGGACAGCCAGAAACACGAGCCUUGGGCAGGGAGCACCUGGUGACCAAGCCAGCAGCGAGGAGAACGGGGGACAAGGCGAUGGUGGCAAUGUUCUUCAUCAUAGCAACAUGGAUGCUAGAGCUUCUCUGAACCCCCUCGAUGUUCUCUGUGCCGUGCUGCUUUGCUCAGACAGUUUCCUACAGCAGGAGAUCCUGUCCAAAAUGUCCAUGUGCCAGUUUGCCCUCCCUCUGCUGUUACCUGCCCUCGACACCCCCAAGUGCACCCUACUGCUGUGGGCCAUGAGGGACAUUGUGAGGAAGUGGAGGCCCCACUCCCUGGCAGAGAGCAGAGGGUUCAGAGAGGAGAGCCUGGUGCUCACGUCAAUGCCAACCAUUUCCUUUGUACGGAUGGGGAGCUGCAGCUUCUCCAAGUCCAAACUCCUGAAUAAGGUUCUCAGCCCCUCCCAGCAGCACUAUGAUUUCUUCAUCCAUCAUGACAUGGAGUCUGGGAAUGUCCCUCGGGAAGUUGCAGAUGGGCUGGUGGAGAUUUCCUGGUAUUUCCCUUCGGGGAAGGAGAGCUCAGAUCUUUUCCCAGAACCCAUCGCGGUUACAAAUCUGCGCGGAGACAUUGAGUCCCACUGGCUGCAGUUCAGCUUUUUAACAGAGGUCUCCUCAGCAGUGUUCAUAGUUACUGAGAGCAUCAACGAGAGACAAUACACGCUGUUAUCAUCUCUGCAGGGCUCAGCCACCGAAUACUACUUCAUCCUCAGUGCCCAGGCUGAGAAAUGUAGUCAAACUCUGGGUUUCCUUAGUAAAUUAGCCCCAGUGCUGAAACUGAACAAAUUAAACGUGCUGGAGAAAAGCAACACCACAAAUGAGACAGAAUUUGUAGAAAAUCUCCAGCACACGAUACGAAGCAUAAUGAACUCCUCUAACAAGAGAGUAAAUAUGGAAGCCAUGGCUACAGCAGCACGUGAAUUAGGUGUCCUGGUAGAUGAGGACUGUGAGGAAUGUCAGAGCGGAAGCGAGUGGGCUAGAGAAAUUACCAUGAACAUGAGAGAUGUGGCCAACUGCAAGACAGAAAUGCUGAAACUCCAAGGAGAUCUGUGGAAUACCUUGACUAAAGUUGAAAAAGAGCUGUGCAGAAUGAAAGAACAAGGGGCUGUCCCUCCUGAAGACUAUAAAGUGCAGCUGAAAGAAAAACUGUCAGAGCUUCAUGCCCAGCAAAAUAAUUGUGAGCUUAACGAUGGGCUGAUUAAAUUUAUCAAUGGACUAGAGCAACUGACUGCAGUCGAAAAACAUCACUUCCUCAUAUGGCUGAAAUAUACGCUGGAUCACAUUGCUAAGGAUGAACAAUCCAGACUACAAGCUAAGUAUAAUGCUUUGGCAGGUGACCCACAAAAGCUAGAAGAACUGGGUGAAUUCAUCUCUGCCAGUUCCCUAGGGGUGGAGCAUUUCAUGCGUGAGCUGGGGCAGUUGUAUGAGGCUGAACACGCGAUGGUGAAGGAAGGCAAAAGGGCAGAAAGCGAAAAGCAAUUCACCCGUCUCCCAGGCAUAGCAGCUGACCUGAUGCUGGAAGGGUUUCCCAUGGAGCUGAUCGAUGGAGAUGCCUCCAACAUCCCACUGCAGUGGGUGACAGAUGUUCUGACCCAGCUCCAUGUCAAGCUGGGGGAAAAGUCCAGAAUGCUGGUUCUAACGGUGCUGGGAGUGCAGAGCACUGGGAAAUCCACCCUCCUCAACACCAUGUUUGGCCUGCCAUUUGCAGUGAGCAGUGGCCGAAGUACACAAGGAGCCUUCAUGUCGCUCAUUAAAGUGGCAGAGAACUUUCAGGAGGACCUGAGCUGUGAUUUCAUCCUGGUGAUAGACACAGAAGGCCUGAAGGCCCCUGAAACAGCCAAGCUGGAGGAUAGUUAUCAACAUGACAGUGAGCUGGCCACACUGGUGAUUGGACUGAGUGACAUAACCAUUGUUAACAUGGCCAUGGAGAAAGUCACCGAAAUGAAGGAUUUUCUGCAAAUUAUGGUCCAUGCCUUUCUCAGAAUAAAGGAAAUCAGGCAAAAACCCCAGUGUUUAUUUGUGCAUCACAACGUCAGUGAUGUGUCUGCGCAUGGACAAAACAUGAGGGACAGGAAGCACCUCCUGGAGCAGCUGGAUGAAAUGACCAUAGCUGCAGCAAAGAUGGAAAAACUACACAAAGAAGUGACAUUCUCAGAUAUUAUGGACUAUGAUCCAGAAAUACAAGAUUGGCACCUCCCCAGCCUGUGGCACGGAGUCCCUCCCAUGGCGCCAGUGAACUUGGAAUACAGUGAGAGCGUGGGGAAGCUGAAGAAACACCUGUUUCAGUUGAUAAGGAUCCAUUCAGUUGAGAUUCCUCCCAAAAACGUCCCCCAGUUUAUUGAAUGGGUGAAGAGCCUGUGGAACGCACUGAAGCAUGAGAACUUCUGCUUCAGCUUCAGAAACCCCCUUGCCACGGAGGCCUACAACCAGCUGUCUACCAAGUUUUCUGAACUGGCAUGGGAAUUCCAAAAGAAGAUGCAUCUCUGGCUGUCCGAACAAGAAACUUUCAUCCAGAAUCAGGCACCAGAGGAACUGGAGAGCGAGAUCUUCACCCAGUUAAGUCGGGAAACCCAGGAGAAACUGCAGCAUGAAGAAGACAAGAUUUUUGAGUGUUUGGAAAAAUAUAUAAAAGGUGGAGCAACAGCCACGCAUAUGUUAGAAAUCAAAGAAGAUUUCGUCAGGAGCACAAAAAGCACGACAUCUACGUUUCACCGUUAUUCACACCAACAGCUGGAGAGAGCAAAGAACAAUAGAAUGCGCCAUGGUAGGUAUUACAAUAGCGAGGCUGAGUUCAGGCAAAUAAUUGAACAAGAGGUUGACAAGCUUCUGGAAGACUGCAGGAGUCGCGAGCGUAAACUGAACAAUGAGGAACUGGAGCGGGAAUUCCAGGCAAUGUGGAGAGGGGUGUUGUCCGAGUCAAUGUUAUUUUCUUCAAUGAAGCGAACCAUUUUUCAAGAAAUGCAAAGCCUGCUGGAAGAGGACCUGGAGGUUCGAGGGAGACUGAUGCAUCAAGAAGCUGGGAGCUUGCUACAUUAUUCAAUGAGUUCUUUCACAAUGAAAAAAGAACACUUAGAUUUAGCAUGGUCUGAAACUUUGAAGGAACUGUUCACAAAGGAAAACUGGCAUAAAGCAGAGGAACUUGCUACAUCCUUAAUGCACCAGUGCUCUACUUACAUUGAUGAGAAAGCAAAUUCCAAAGCAGACUAUGAUGAAAUCUAUUGCAGAGAAUUGCUGUGUAUGAUCAAUGAGAGACUCCAACAGGAGGAUGUUUCAAAACUUCACACAAGUGGCUGCUUUGAAGUUGACCUGAAGCUUCACAUUUUGGGAGAAGCUGCUCGUGUGUUUCAAGAAAUCCAUGAUAAUUUUAUGAAAGAAACUGACCCUCAGAAAAGUCAGAAAAAACUUAAACUUCAGUAUUUCUCCAUCCUGAAAGAUCUUUACCUAGACAAAGAGGUAAGUCACAAGAGAGCCAGGGAUUUCUGUGACCAGUGUUUGAAGCCUGCCCUGGUGGACUAUAUGAAUAAGAGGCUAGGAAUAGCAAUAUCAGAUGACAUUCUCAGAAGUGGACAGUCCAUUGAUUACGCCAGCCGAGGCUUUUUCCAAUUUACCACACAGAAAAAAUUGUUGGAGGAAGAUGAUUUUUACAACUAUGUGAGAUAUAUUGAAAACUAUGAAGAUUUUGUGAAAACCUGGAUACAGAGACACCUGGUUGAUCACUACAGUGAAAACAAAGGCCUGGAAGAUUUGGAGAGAGAGAUUCUAUCCACUGUAAUAGAGAGAGUCAGGGGUGCUCUGGAAAACUCCGAAGAUAAGUCUAACACAGUCUUGGCCUUUAUAGACAACUUUUGCAAAGUGCUGCAGAAAGAUCUGGUCAUUUCCAAAAACAGCUUAGUGGGGAUACGGUUUAUAAACACAGUUAACACUGGGAAAUUCACUGCUUUUAUUCAGACUUCCCUUUCUCAACUGGAGCAACAAAUCUUAGCUGAAUUUAAAAAUUUGGAAACAGAGUCUAAACUCUCCCUUCUGUCAGUGAAGCCCCAGGAUGAAAUCUUCAAGCGAGUGUUUGGCUGUGGGAAGCAGUGUCCAUUCUGUAAAGUCCCGUGUGAGGCAGUAGGUACUGAUCAUAAGGAGCAUUUUGCAUCGGUACAUCGGCCUCAAGGAUUAGGGACAUACCAAUGCGUUGAAACAAACAUACUAGUUUAUGAAUUAUGCUCCUCUGCUGUGGUUUCCAAUUGCAUAUUCCAAUGCCCGGAGACACAAUGGAAGGAUCAUCCUUUUAAAGAUUAUCGCACUAUUUUUCCCAACUGGCGCAUCCAGCCAGACCCCAGCAUCAACGCCUCUGAUUACUGGAAGUUUGUUUUUAAGGAGUUCAAUCAAGAAUUUGCUGAAAGGUAUCAUGCUGAACCAGCUGAUCUCCCAGGGGACUGGGAAAAAAUAACCAAAGAGCAGGCUCUGGAGAGCCUGGAGGAAGCAUUCAAAAUGAAAUAACCAACAUGCUGAGAAAAUCCAUGUAAAUGGCAGUGCAUUCAAUUCGGAAGAACAACAAUCGGUAACUUCUGUUACUUGUUUAAUAUUCUUUAAAAGUGUGUGUGUUUGUAAUCUGUGGGAAAUAUGGAAAACUCCCGUACAAUUUGCAGCUUUCAAAUGGAGACUGAAAGCAAGAAAACUGGUUUUAUUUUGCAUCACGAAACUAUGUGAUACAUCAAAAUAGGAGUGCAACAUCAUCUUUCAAGGUGUGGCGUGACAGCAUUGUGCAUCCCCAAGGUUCACCGUCUCCCGAUAAGCAUCAAACAUGCUCCAGUGGCCAAUAAAAAGCUGUUUUUGUCUAACUGACAAUCCUGAAAAACCUCAGCCCGGACUCUAUGAGUUGUUCCCUUCUCACAUCUCAUCACCAGGGAAAGAUUCUGCAGAACAAGUUAGGCCUGGACUACCCUUAAAACUUAUACUGGCGUAACUGUGUCGGUCAAGGGUAUUAAAAAAAACACACCCGCAUAUGACAUAGCUAUGCCGGGAAAAAACCCAGUGUAGAUGCAGCAAUGCCAACAGAAGAGCACAUCUGUGGUUGUGGCUAACAUGGUCCAGGGAGGUGGCAUUCCUACACAAGCAGAAAAAUGGAAACAUCAGCAUACGGUGCGUCUACACUGUGCCGACAUUGGCUCUGUAGCGUAGCCAAAGCCUUCAUUACAACUGUGCAACUCAUUCUCUAAUGGGUUGCAGGCCUUGUGUACACUUGAAAGGUUUGUGAGACAUUUGCACCAGCAUAGCUAUACUGGCCAAGCCUCCUAGUGUACUCGGUUUAUACCACUAAGAAAGUCCUCUUGCUAGUGUAGCUUGUACCAGAUCCCCAAGCAAAAGAAGGGUUUUUGCCAGCAUAGCUACAUCAGCAAAAAAAAUGCUACCACGGCUUCACAAUUAUUUAUACCCCUGCCGAGCCGGCAGCAGUAUGUGUCUGAGCUGGGAAUCACCCUCCUAGCUUGGCAUCCAGACGUAGCCUCCAAUACACCAAAGGAACAGGCCAGUCCUGUAAAAAAGUGCCACUUUUACACUCCAUUUAUACAGCAGAUCUUUGCAUUUAUCAACUACCCCUAAGCUCCCUGUUUUAGAUGUAAUCAAAUCUUAAUUGUCCGAAUCCUAGCUAACACAUUCUUGCUUAUCCAAAUUGGAGGCGUCUCCUAAACUUUGACAUAAAUUCUGAUAGUACAGAGCACUUAAUAUUUGCAGCGCUGAACUGCUCAAGAAAUCCAAAGGAUAGAAGUUCUGGUCCAGGACAGAACUAAACUUCACAGACGUAGAGUGUUUGUGAAGCGGAGUUUGACAGAGCUCUUAUACUCAGCAGGGUUGAAACUCUGGGUUUCUCUCCCUUUUUAGUCAGCCAGCACUGGGAAAGCAGAUCAUAGAAUCAUAGAAUAUCAGGGUUGGAAGGGACCCCAGAAGGUCAUCUAGUCCAACCCCCUGCUCGAAGCAGGACCAAUUCCCAGUUAAAUCAUCCCAGCCAGGGCUUUGUCAAGCCUGACCUUAAAAACCUCUAAGGAAGGAGAUCAGUCUCUCUAUAGUCACAAGUGUACAGAUGUCAAAGCUGAGUAGGUCUGCUCACCUGAUUGUCCAAUGCUUUUGGCCAUGAGUUAAAUGCAAUUGUAAUACACAGGUUUUAUUAAAAUAUAGUUAAUAAAAUGUGUGGAAUGCUGUCUCUUGUGUACUGUGAAAUGGUCCUACCUUAAUCUUGGAAAACGUAGGCCACUUCACUCAAUUCCUCCUUUUUUUUUUUUCUUGAUAACGAAAGUCCAAGUAAACCAAAGUCUAAACAAAAGUCCAGCUCAAGCAAGGCUCUCCACGAAGGGUCUGUUCAUCUUCCACUUCUUCUCUUGGAGUGUAACCACGACACAUAUGCUUGGUCCCUCAGAGACGAAGCAGAACUUCCAUUCACCCUCUUCCAUGAGUUCCAGCCUUGGGCCCUGGCCCUCACAAUGUGCGUUGUCUAACUGUAGUGUAUAGGAGCCUCCCUUUCAAUAAUCUUGUAGAGCUUCUGUCACAUUCUCAGUGGACUCCCUGUUGUCAUUUCCAAGCUGAUGAAUCUGAAAUCUUCGGACAUAAUACGGAGUGCAUGGGCAUUUAAAUAGUUAAAUAGAUCUGGUGUCUCUGUGGUUCCUUUAUAUGACUUCCGUUGUGCAAAGAGCGAAAGGCCCGGAAUUUGGAGGCGAGGAUGGGAUCCUGUCCAGGAAUAUGGCAGACUGGAGUGUGACUGCAGGGGCCCAGUGAAACUGAACAAUAUUUCUGCUUUUAAGAACAGAAUCCAAAAGAAAACAAGACACCGUCUAACUAUCCGGCUGGAUUAAGAACGUUGGCAGAACAUUAUCGUAUUUAGGUCGACUUACCACAGCGUUUUCACAGCGCUGAGUCGACUGCCUCCGCUCCCCCGUCGACUCCGCUUGCGCCUCUCGCAGCGGUGGAAUACUGGAGUCGACAGGAGAGCGCUCGGGGAUCGAUGGAUCGCUUCCCGCUGAUCUGGCGGGUAGUGUAGACCUGCCCACAGUGCAAUAGGAAUGCUUAGUGUAGUGCCAGAGGGAUUUUAAGUGAGGUACGCGUUCCUGGCAUGGAGAGCUGGACAUGGUUUCUGCAAGCAGAGUGCAAUAGGAAGCCAUCAGCAAUUGCACGUACAAAUUGGUUGACUGUGUGAGAAAGUUGGGAUGAGUGGGAACGGGGGUGGGUGGGUGGGUGGAGGAGAGAUACGAGAUGGUCCCCACACAUCCCAUUGUAGGCUUGAGUAAACUUGCGGAUAGCUUGAUUUGAGCACAAGGUUAAACUGUAAACAAGGGUGUGAGAGGCUGUGUGCUGGAGACGGUGUUUUCCAGCUACUUGCGAUAACUGGGACCAGCCGGAACAGAUAUGCUUAAAAUAUACAUAAGAACGGCCACAGUGGGUCAGACCAAAGGUCCAUCUAGCCCAAUAUCCUGUCUUCCAACAGUGGCCAGUGCCAGGUGCCCCAGAGGGAAUGAACAGAACAGGUAAUCAUCAAGUGAUCCAUCCCCUGUCGCCCAUUCCUGGUAAACAGAGGCCAUUGAUGGACCUAUCAUCCAUUAACUUAUCUAGCUCUCUUUAGAAUACAAUUAUAGUUUUGGCCUUCACAACAUCCUCUGGCAAAGAAUUCCACAGGUUUACUGUGCGUUGUGUGAAGAAAUACUUCCUUUGGUUUGUUUUAAAUCUGCUGCCUAUUCAUUUCAUUUGGUAGCCCCUAGUUCUUGUGUUAUGAAAAGGAGUAAAUAACACUUCCUUCUUUACUUUCUCCAUACCAGUCAUGAUUUUAUAGACCUCCAUCAUAUCCCCCCCUUAGUCGUCUCUUUUCCAAACUGAAAAGUCCCAGUCUUAUUAAUCUUUCCUCAUAUGGCAGCUGUGAUAAAUGAGGGGGGAUGGGGGUAGCUCCCUUUUAUGGACACCCAGCCAGCCAGUUAGCUAUAAAAUUCCUCUUGGUAGCUGUUCUCUACUUGCUUUACCUGUAGAGGGUUAACAAGCCCUGACCAAAAUAGUGGGCACCUGACCAAAAGAGCCAAUGGGAGGGCUAGAACUUUUUAAAAUGGGGAAAAAAAACCCUUCCCUUUGCCUGUGUGUUGUGGUUCUCCAGGAAAGAGGGAAACAGGGAGCAGUUAUGCUUUGAGAAGCUUUAAGCCAGCUAUGAAAAACCAUCAGAUCCUACCUAAACUGAACCCCAGAAAUGUAAGUAAAUUCAGGGAAUGCCUAGGAAGAUGUGAUUAGGAAUUAUUUCUUUUAGUUUUCAUUGUGGACUCCUCCGUAUUAACUCCAGAUGCUUUUGUUUUGCUUGUAACCUUUAAGCUGAGCCUCAAGAGAGCGAUCUUGAUGCUUAAUUUUUGUAACUUUUUUUUAAGAUCUAGCAAAAAGCCUAAGUUCCAGAUGUAUUUUCUUUUUAAUAAAAUUUACCUU